CUCAGGCUCAAACUAUAUUUCAUCUUGAGACUGUUUCAUCUCCAAGACGCGAGGAAACAAGCUCGAAACAAUGGCGAUGAUCACGCGCAACGCCGCCACGCGCCUCCCCACGCUCCUCCAGCCCUCACGCGCCGCUGCGGUCGCUCACCUCCACACUACCGUUCCCUCUCUCUCCUCGACGACGUCGCCUGCUUCCUAUGCCAGGCCCGGUCCUCCUGCCACUCCUGGCUCGCCGACGGGGCUCUCGAAGCCUGUGGAGUUCGUGAUCUCCAAGGUCGACGAUCUGAUGAACUGGGCUCGUCGAGGAUCGAUCUGGCCGAUGACCUUCGGCCUCGCCUGCUGCGCCGUCGAAAUGAUGCACACCGGUGCGGCGCGGUACGAUCUCGACAGGUUCGGCAUCAUUUUCCGACCGAGUCCUCGUCAAUCUGAUUGUAUGAUUGUCGCCGGAACGCUCACCAACAAGAUGGCUCCGGCUCUUCGCAAGGUAUAUGACCAAAUGCCAGAGCCGAGGUGGGUGAUAUCGAUGGGAAGCUGUGCGAAUGGAGGAGGAUACUACCACUACUCUUACUCGGUGGUCAGAGGAUGUGACAGGAUUGUACCGGUCGACAUCUAUGUCCCGGGUUGCCCUCCAACUGCCGAGGCUUUGCUCUAUGGUCUCCUCCAGCUUCAGAAGAAGAUCAACCGCCGCAAGGAUUUCCUCCACUGGUGGACCAAGUGAUGCUAUAUAUACCCAUUCCCCUUGUUUUUUUUUUGUUUCCCUCCCAAAAUGACUUGAGAAUUUUUAUCUAAUAAAAUUUGGGACAUCUUUUUUUUUUUUUUUUUUUUUUUUUUUUUUUUUUAUGUAUGUGUCUUUGUGGUUGAAAAUGCCAUGUAAAGGAGAAGAGUGUGUGUUUGAGACUUUUGUGGUUGCAGACACAACAUAACUUAGAAUGUUUGUCGAGUUUUUGAGUACCGAUACCAGCUUCUUUUUUUU